AUGAGGGGAAUCAUCCUAGCAUUUCUGCUCGCUGUGGCAGCGGGCUCUGAACGAUCAGAUAUAGAGCCCAUGUUCAGCCAAAGCAAAACUAUUGUAUAUAACUAUGAGGCUGUUAUUCUGAAUGGACUUCCUGAAAAUGGCUUGGCGCGGUCUGGUAUUAAAGUGAACUGCAAAUUUGAGAUCAAAUCCUUUGCUCAGAGGAUGUAUCUUCUCAAGAUUCAAUCUCCAGAAAUAAAGGAGUACAAUGGUGUGUGGCCAAAGGAUCCAUUUACGCGGUCAUCCAAGUUGACAAAGAUAAUUGCUGACCAGCUUACAAAACCUGUAAAGUUUGAAUACCACAAUGGACGGGUUGGAAACCUCUAUGCCUCUGAUGAUGUUUCAGACACUGUUGUCAACAUUUACAGAGGAAUUCUAAACUUGUUCCAAAUGACCAUCAAAAAGACACAAAAUGUUUAUGACUUGCAAGAGUCAAGCAUUGGUGGAGUCUGCCACACCAGAUAUGUUGUUCAAGAGGACAGAAGAGGAGAUCAAAUCAUUGUAGAUAAGUCUACAGACCUGAACAACUGUCAAGACAAAGUAUCUAAGAAUGUCGGCAUUGCCUUCUUGGAGUCCUGUAUAGCUUGUAAACAUCUGGGAAAAAAUUUACGUGGAACAGCAACAUAUACCUACAAGUUGAAGAAGAGGGAACAAGGCGCUUUUAUAAUGGAAGUUUCCGCACGGCAGAUAUAUCAUUAUUCUCCAUUUGCUGAACUCAAUGGUGCUGCUGUUAUGGAAGCCAGACAAGUAAUAACUUGGGCAGGAACCAAAGGUGGUCAGACGUAUGCACCACAGAUUCAGCUGCAGAACCGUGGUGGGCUUCAUUAUCAGGUGGCUUCUGAGGUGUACCAAAUUCCUAUCCAUCUUAUGAGAACCAAGAGCCCUGAAGGACAGAUAGAGGAAACUCUGCAACACCUGGUACAGAAUAAUCAACAGCAAGUGCACAAUGAUGCUCCAGCCAAAUUUUUGGAACUUACUCAGCUUCUACGUUUAUCAUCUACUGAAGGCCUCCAGGGCAUUUGGAAGCAGUAUUCUGCUAGACCUCAGUACAGACGUUGGCUCUUGAAUGCUAUCCCUGUUGCUGGAACAAUGGAUUCCCUGAAGUUUAUCAAACAGAGUCUUCACAACCAGGACCUGAGCCCUCAUGAAGCAGCAGUAACAAUUACACUGGCAAUGCAAUUUGCAAGAUCCAAUCAACGUGCUUUCCAAGUUUCGGCUGAAUUAGUAAAAGAUCCAAAGAUACAGAAAUAUCGUCAAGUGUACAAAGCUGCAAUCCUUGCUUAUGGCUCCAUGGUGAAUAAGUACUGUCAACAUCAGAGUGGCUGUCCCGAAGCAGCUUUAGAGCCCCUGCAUGAUUUAGUGGCUGAGGCCCACAGCAAGGCACAUGAAGAGGAUAUAUCCCUGGCACUAAAGGCUUUGGGCAAUGCAGGGCAACCUCAAAGUAUCAAACGGAUCCAGAAGUUCUUGCCCGGCUUUUCCUCCGCUGCUUCCCAGCUCCCAGUCAGAAUUCAGACUGAUGCUGUCAUGGCUCUGAGAAACAUUGCCCAACAAGACCAAAGAAAAGUGCAGGAAAUCCUACUCCAGGUCUUCAUGAACCGCAAUGCACGUACAGAAGUCCGACAGAUGGCAUGUUUGGCAUUGUUUGAGACUAAACCAGGUCUUGCUUUAGUAACAACCAUUGCCAAUGUGGUUGUAAAGGAGAGCAAAAUAAAUUUACAACUUGCAAGUUUUACAUUCAACCAAAUAAAGGCCUUGUCCAGGAGCAGAGUGCCACAUCUUGAACCCCUGGCUGCAGCUUGCAAUGUUGCCCUUAAGAUAAUGAAUCCAGCUAUUGACAAAUUAGGAUUCCGAUACAGCAAAGUUUAUCGAGUAGAUAAUUUCAAAUAUUCUCUAAUGGCUGGUGCUGCUGCCAAAGUCUACAUUAUGAAUAGUGCAAAUACCAUGUUCCCUGUGUUCAUUCUCACUAAAAUCAGAACAUAUGUUGCGGGAGGAGCAACUGAUAUCAUAGAGAUUGGGAUAAGAGGAGAAGGACUAGAGGAACUGCUCAGAAAACAGAACAUUCCAUUUUCGGAGUACCCAAUACGUAAGAAGAUCACACAGAUUGUGAAAACGCUAUUGGGAUGGAAAGCACUGCCUUCCCCAGUUACUCUUCUGUCUGGCUAUAUCAAGAUAUACGGUCAAGAGCUUUCUUUCUCUAAAAUCAACAAAGAAGUAAUUCAAACCAUUAUACAGGCACUCAAUGAGCCAGCUGAAAGACAUACAGUUGUCAAGAAUGUGAUGAACAAGCUUCUUGGAGGGUUUGCUGGACAAUGGGCCCAUGCAUUGCUUGCCACAGAAGUUCGACACAUUGUUCCCACAUCUGUUGGUUUUCCUGCAGAGUUUAGCUUAUAUACUUGCGGUGUUGUCCAUGCAGCCAUCUCAAAUGAUGUAAAGGUUACUCCAACUCCAUCUUCAGGUUUUAGUGUUUCACAGCUCUUGGAAUCUCAAGUGCAACUUCGUACUGAUUUAAACCCAAGUUUAUUAGUACAUGCAGUGGCAACUAUGGGAGUGAAUACCCACUUGAUUCAGAGUGGUCUUGAAUUCCAUGCCAGACUACGUGCAAACCUACCUGCAAAAUUGUCUGCUCGUCUUGAUAUGAAAGAGAAAAUUUUUAAAAUUGAAACAUCACCAUGCCAGCAAGAAGAUGACCUUGUUGUAGUAAGGACUCAGGCAUUUGUUAUCACAAGAAAUGUGGAAGAACUAGACACAGCCAAAAAGACACCAAUUUUGCCAAGAGGAGCAGAGCUAGACAUUCAGAAGAAACACUUUGAGACAGCAGGAAAAGCUUCAGCAGAAGGAGCUAGCGUGAUGGAUGUGUCCUCAGAAAUUGUAUCCAAGAAAUAUGCCUAUUCUGCAGAAGUAGUACAACACCAGUCUUCACAAAGACGUAUUGCAUCAUAUCAUUAUUGUGUUAAAGCUAAAAAUUUUGGCUUCCAAAUAUGCUUUGAUGCUAAACAACAAAAUGCUGCUUUUCUCAGAAAUUCUCCUCUUUAUCGGGCUGUUGGAGAACAUGAAUUCAAAGUCACAAUGAAACCAGCUCGCACUGAUGCACCAAUUGAAAAACUGCAGCUUGAAAUCACAACUGGACCAAAAGCUGCUUCUAAGAUCAAUGCCCUGGUAAAACUAGAAGAAAAUGAAGAUGAACAGCUUGAAGACUCAGAAGUCCAAAUAAGACUGAAAAAGAUUUUAGGAUUAGAUGAUGAGUUUAUGUCCAGAAAUGGAAGCUUACAUCAGAGGAAGAGACAAGACAGAAAACAUCAAAACCAACAGCAAAAACAUCAUAAUUCUAGACAGUUAGUUGAUGAAAUUGUAGAGGCUAAGAAACGUGGUCCAUCGAGCAGCUCCAGCUCUUCUUCAUCAUCUUCACCCUCAUCUUCUUCAUCAUCUUCUUCAUCAUCUUCUUCUUCAUCUUCUUCUUCAUCAUCUUCAUCCUCUAUGUCAAACCGGAGAGAUAAGCAGAGAGGACAACAUGGUCAUCAACAAAGAAGCUCAAGCAGUGAAUCAAGCAGCAAUCAGGAACAAAACAAAAAUAACCAAAAUCCUGGGCAUAAUAGAAGGGCCAAGAGUCAAAGCAGUAGUAGCAGUAGCGAAAGCAGCAGUAGUAGCAGCAGCAGUGGUAGCAGCAGCAGCAGCAGCAAUCGACAAGGACAUAGACACAGAGGCAAACAGAGUAGCAGCAGCAGUAGCAGCAGCAGCAGUAGCAGCAGCAGCAGCAGCAGCAGCAGCAGCUCUGUUAGAGGCAGCAAACAAAGACACCAACAACAACACCAUCAGCAGCAACAAAACAAAGGAAACAAACAAACAGGCAGCAGUAGCAGUAGUAGUAGCAGCAGCAGCAGUUCAGAAAGCAGCAGUCAACAGCUGUCUAAGGACAGGAAGCAUAGACAAUUUUACAAUCUUCGCUUCAAUCCAGCAAACAGACAAAAAAAUACUGGUAAACAAGGUUCACAGUCUUCUUCAUCAUCAUCAUCUUCAUCGUCAUCUUCCAGCAGCAGAGCUUCCGCUGUACAACACAGAAGGAAAUUCAUGGGUGACAAUAAACCCCCAGUUAUGGUUAUCACGGCACGGGCUAUAAGAAAUGAUAACAAAGAGCAAGGUUUCCAGAUAAUCACUUAUGCAGAUUACUCAAGCUCUAAGCCUCAAGUACAAGCCUUUAUUGUGGAUAUCCAAAGAACAAGCAGAUGGAGAGCUUGCUUUGAUGGCAUUGUUGUUAAUCCUCAUCAAGCUGAGGCAAGUCUCAAAUGGGGCCAGAAUUGUCAAGACUACAAGAUUAAACUGAAAGCACAAACCGGUCAUUUUGGUAAUCAGCCUGCAAUGAAGAUGACUGUGAACUGGCCUAAAAUUCCAUCAAAAUUGAAAUCAUUUAGUCGAAAAGUCUCCCAGUUUGUUCCUGGAGCUGCUUAUAUGCUUGGAUUUUCCGAGAAGCUAAAGAAAAACUCUCAGCGUCAAGCAAAACUUGUUCUGUCCUUAAGUUCUCCCAGGACUCUUGAUGUGCUUGUCCAAGUGCCUUGGUUUACAAUGUAUUACCGAGGUAUGAAAAUCCCAGUGUCCAUCCCUGUUGGUCAUCAUAUGCAGCAAGAAGUCCUGCAAGCACCAACAUGGAAUAUGUUCUCAGAAGCACCACGUGUAAUUAUGGAGUCUUUGCAAGGUCAAUGUAAGGUCUCUCAAAGCACAAUCCAAACAUUCAAUGGGGUCAACUUAGCCUAUGCUUUGCCUGAAAGAUGCUCCCAUGUUCUGGUGCAGGACUGCAGCCCUGAAUUGAAAUUUUUGGUGACAAUGAAAAACUCCAAAGACUCCACUUUAAACAAAGAAAUAAAUGUUAAACUUGGCACUUAUGACAUCGACUUAUAUUAUGUAGAGAACAAUCUGAAAAUGAAAAUAAAUGAUGUAGAGUUAUCUGAAGAAAACCUUCCAUAUAGAUCACAUGCUGAUCCAUCUGUCGAGAUUCUUAAAGAAGAAACUGGUGUGACUGUAUUAGCCCCAAACUAUGGUAUUGAAGCUCUUCAUUAUGAUGGUGAAAAUAUCAAGGUAAGAACUGCUAUUUGGAUGAAAGCCAAGACCUGUGGAUUAUGUGGUCGCCAUGAUGAUGAAAAUGAACAGGAGUUCCAGACACCUGAUGGUUAUGUUGCUAAAGAUGAUGUGAGCUUUGGUCAUUCAUGGAUUCUGAAUUCAGAAAGAUGCUCUGAAGACUGCAAAGUUAAGCACUCUCUGGUGAAAUUUGACAAACCAGUAGGACUUUAUGGGGAAAAUGCAAAAUGUUAUUCUGUUCGUCCAGUUUUACAAUGUCUCAAGGGAUGCUCCCCAGUUAAGACUGCAGAGGUCACUACUGGUUUCCACUGUCUUCCUUCUGAAGCAACUCUUGACCUGGCUGAUGAGCAAAUUCACCUGGAUAAAUCUGAAGAUUUCUCUGAUAAGAUUCAAGCUCACACAGCCUGUUCAUGUGAAUCAUCCCCAUGUGCAUAAAAGACAAUGCAUUUUAUUCUUUCUCAGGAAGACUGCAUAGAUUAUAUUGUAAUUUUCUAAAUAUCGGGAAGCUGUUAAUACAUAAUCUGUGUACGUGCGUGAUUUUUAUUUGAGGAAUUAUCAAAAAACCCCAACAAUCUAUAUGUUGUAAUAUAUUGCAUUCCAAAUAAA